GCUUGUUCAGUGUGCUUUGGAGAUUACUUGGCCUCUCUGCAAACCUUCACCAUGGUCGACGCCUUCUGUGCCACUUGGAAACUGGUUGACAGUGAGAACUUUGAUGAAUACAUGAAAGCAAUUGGUGUGGGCUUUGCCACCCGGCAGGUUGGUAAUGUGACCAAGCCGACUGUGAUCAUCAGCCAGGAGGGUGACAAGGUGGUGAUUCGCACCCAGAGCACCUUCAAAAACACAGAGAUCUCUUUCAAGCUGGGAGAGGAGUUUGAUGAAACCACUGCUGAUGACAGGAACUGCAAAUCCACAGUGACUAUGGAGGGAGACAAGUUGGUCCACGUCCAGAAGUGGGAUGGCAAAGAAACCAAGUUUGUCAGAGAACUCAAGGAUGGCAAGAUGGUCAUGAAUUUGACCUUUGAAGAUGUGCAUGCGGUGCGUAGCUAUGAGAAGGCAUGAGAUCUCCAUCUGGCAGCGUCCCAACCAGCCAAGAAGUGUUGAUUUUAUAAUUAUUAUUGACUGUAUGCUUCUCUUUGCACUUCAUCCUCCUCUGCAUGUACACAGCCUGCAGGCUGCACAUGCUUUGUAAGAAUUUUUUUAUAUGAAAAAAAAAAACAUUUCUGUCAUGAUGGAUGGAUCAUCUUUGUAACCCUGUGUGUAAAACAUGGAAUAAAAA